AUGACCCAGCAUGCGACCGUGCAAAGUCUGCUCACCGUCAUAAUCACAACUUCCCCAACUCCAUCUGCACCCUCCACUGAGCUUAUAUCCACGAUUAUACACUCGUUCGAGCGAUACUGUCCAGACCUCACAAAAUGCAACGUCAUCGUCGUUUUUGAUGGGUUCGACCAGAUUGUUCCAACAGCACGAUUAAAAAAAGGACAAGUCACUCCUCAGCAAGCAGCUGACUUUACUGCUUACAAAGAAAAUGUCAAAGAUUUGAUACUCCAAAAAUACCAUCAUGACCCAAUCAAUGUUGCAUACACAGAAAAGACUGCCACAGCAGAGUAUGGCAGCCCAAAACACGAGAAUGCAGUCAAUUACUCCGUCUCCAAAACAAUUGACCAACGAGUCACUUUCAUAGAAUCAUCAAGACGGUUGGGAUUCGGGCUGGCAGUCAGAUCAGCCCUGAGAAUCACCCAGACUCCAUAUGUCUGGGUCCAGCAACAUGACUGGGCCAUAACAGCUGAUCUCCCCAUCCGACCUCUUCUCCAAAUCAUGCAAACACACGAAUCAGAUCCAGAAGCACCCAUCAAGUAUGUCUGUCUAGCUGCAGUCCGCAUGCUCUCAUACGCCACAUCUGCAAUUGUGGCAGAGUUCCCCAGCCUCCGUGAUACAUCCUUGGCCCUCACUCGCGACUACGAAGCGCCAUCACAUGCUGGUAUCAAGAUACCACUGACGCCAAUGUAUUUCUGGCACGACAAGCCACAUCUGGCAUCGGUGGCUCAUUACCUCGAGCGCGUCUUUCCGACGCGUCUUGCCAUGCUGAGAGGAGAUUUCAUCGAGGACAAGAUUGGACAGCGAGCUCGUGCUCAAAUGAAAGAUGGACUAUGGAAGAAAUGGGCGACUUGGCUUUACUACCCUGACAAUGGAAAGACACUCUGCUUGAGGCAUCUCAAGGGGCGUACCUGGGAGGGCACGACGCGGCAGGCUGAUAGAGCUGCCAUGUGGCGCAAGAAGAACGAGGCUGGAAGAAUAAUAUAG